CCACCCACCCCCUCUAUAAGAAAUUUUCCGAUCAUGUUGUCCGCUAUUCUUUCCUCCGACGGGCUUUUUUCGAAUGCCUUUCCUUCUUUUAACGAUGAUUUUACUCAAUGGGAUUGCAUCGAAUCGGCUUUUAUAUUCCCUGAACAAGGGAUAGAAUUGAUAUUUUCACCGAUGCAAUCCCCAACUCCUGAAUCGUUAAUUUCACAUGACUCCGGUUCAGGCCCUAACAAAUCUAAACCUGAUUCUUCUAACGAUAGCCCGUAUUCUGGAUCGGAUGAUUUGUCUAUAAAGGAGAGAAAGCGAAAGCGUAUGAUUUCAAAUCGCGAGUCAGCCAGGCGAUCCCGCAAGCGAAAGCAAACAUAUUUGGAGAACUUGAGGGACCAAUCGAAUCGGCUUAAAGUCGAAAACCGGGAUUUAACGAACCGGGUUCGACUCGUAACCGGUGAUUGCCAACUUGUCGAGAGAAACAACGAGAUGCUACGAACCGAAUCGAUUUUACUCCGACAGAGACUCGAGGGUAUACGUGAAAUCUUAAGUGUACGGCAACUUCAGCAACACUUGUACAAUUCCCAUGCAUGGCCAUGCAAUAAUUUAUACGUGGAACAAAUACCAUAUUUCAUUAAUCAACCUAUAAUAAAUCAUCAUUAAAAGACAUGCUUGCUAGCAUCUUCUAAUAUAUGUUAUUCGAACUAUAUAAAAAUAUUGUGACAUUUUUAAAGAAUCUGUAUAACAUAGGUUGGAAGCACUAUAUACCUUAAACAUGGAUAGAUGAACCAAAGAGAUUUCUUUCUCUCUCUCAAUCUAUUUCUUGUAAAUUAAAAGAUGUUAAUAGAAUAACAUCGUCUCUAGACUAGUAUAGGAGUUUUGAGGUUGUGGGAAACCAAAUGGCGGUUUUAUUUUUUAAGCAAAAAAACCAGUCAUUAUGGUUUGUACUAAAAGACUUUAUGCAUUUUAAUUUGGCUGUAUUCUCACUAUAUAUAUAUA